ACAGAAGCACGGAGGAAUCAAACAUAAAAUACAAGCGCAUAGCAUUUGAAAGAAGCAGCUGAUAUUAACGGUUGUUCCAACAAUAAAUUCGAUAAAAUUUGUCGAGUUUUAAGUUAGUUUAUUAGUGUUUGUGUUGCGUAUAUAUUGUAAACAUGGAUUUUUCGUUUGUGUUACCGCGUAAUAAUAAAGAGCUACUAGAUGAUGCUCAGGGUCAGAAUUAUUUUGUAAAGCAAGUUUUUAGUCCAAAUGAAAUUCAGACACAGCUUCGAGUUGCACAUCAAGCGCUUCAACAAACCGACGCUUUCUACAUAUUUGAUCAUUUUGACACAUUUUUUUCGGUCAUUGAAAAUGUGACACAACUUCAAAUCCAGACAUUGGUUCGUGCCAUCGAUCUACUGUAUCGUACAACAGAGAAUCUUGGUCAAAUGCUUGAUGCAUACCUGAAGCAAGAACCAUUGAAUCGACAGCAUGAUUUUUUAAAUCUUAUCAAAAUGACGAUGUAUUUGCUGGUCAGCACCAUCAAAGCGGUCGAUGUUUUUGUCAAAAACAAUCUCACACAAUCUCAGCCAGCAGGACGAAAAAAUAAGAAAAACACUGACGAUUCACUGCCACAUUUUGCCACCUAUGAUACAAAACGAUAUGAUGUUCUCAUUCAAGUGUGCAACAUUAUGCAAUUGCCCAUCGAAAAAUUAUGGAAUAUGUCAAUCGUUGAUGAGGAUUUUGUCAAUUUACUGUGCGAUUUGGCCUAUCGUUCGCUCGUUCAUCCAUCGACCAAAGAAAAGCGUGUCAAUGAUGCUGUAUUCCAAAUUCUCGGCACUGCCAUCAAACAAUAUCGCCAUGGAAUCGCUUUUCCACUGCAAAUUGUGGAAAUUAUGGAUCGAGAAGAGUCGGCAGUGGUGCCGAUUGCUCGCGGUGUACGCUAUUUAAACGAUGAAUUUGGUAUUACAACCGUUUUGGGAAACCUUUUGAAAGAAUUAAUCGAUAAAGUGAACGUAAAUCCAGCAUCACAAACUACAUCAAAGCAUUUGAGCAUGUUCAUUAUGGACAUCGGAGAGAAUUCACCCGAAUUGUCGAAACAAUGCUUGGACAUGUCACAGGAAUUGCUAAACUUAGAGCCAUAUGCGGUGCGAAACAGUUUAUUUGGUGUGAUGAGUAUUGUUAUUAUCGAACAAUUGAGCGGCGAAGAUCUCAAUGAUGACCAGAAGACACUUCGUGAUGAAUGUUUGGAAGAUUUAUGGAAUCACAUGAACGACGUAUCCAGUUUUGUUCGAUCAAAAGUGCUUCACAUUUGGAAUGAUUUAAAAGCCCGUGAUGCGGUUCCGUUGGUGUGGAUGCUUCGCAUUGUAACCCGAGCCAUCGAACGUUUGGAAGAUAAAACAGCAACGGUGCGCAAAAAUGCGAUCAUUUUGCUGAAAUCAUUUUUGGAAUCGAAUCCCUUUUCAUCGAAGUUGCCGCUCGAUGAAGUGGAAGAAAAACUCAAAAUUGAAACAGAAAAGUCUCGUAUUAUUCGUGAAAAGAAAAUGGAACAGGAGCGAACAGAAGACGAGGUCAAUGCUGAUUUCAGCGAACGAUGCACACCAGCUUUACAACCAAUUCUGACAGAAUUUCUAACAGAGGAACAAAAUCGAAUAGAUAAUGUUGCAACCAAUGGUUUACACGAUGAGACCUCAGAGCAGCGCGUUGAAAAAGUUCGAGAUCUUUUGAAACGUGGUGAAUUUGAGACGCUGGUCAAGUAUAUCGUUCAUUUGGAUGUUGGCAAUAAGGAAAAACGAGAAAAAUUGGAAUUGAAGGAUCAAGUCUUUUACUUUACUGUAUUGCUGAACUCAUAUUUGUUUAAUGAUUAUACAAGUGAGCUUGAAACUCAAGACGGUAUCAUCGGUUUCUUGGAAGAUGCGUUGGAAUUUUCAAAGGCAAUGGCUGAGGCAGUACCAAAACUCGAAGAUUUGCUCUUGUCAAGCACAAACACCGAUGUUUUGGAGGCCAUUGAAUUUUUCAAAACCGGUUAUCUGUUCAACAUCAAAGGCACAGAGGUCGGAAUGAGAUCGAUGCUACGUUUGCUGUACAUCAACACUGGCCAGGAUAAGAAUGAGAAAGGAGAAGCCGUCAUUAAGGCAUAUCAUAGCGUUUUAUUUGGCACAGAUGCGAGUGGAAGAGCACAUCAUAUUAAAGUUGUUGACAAUCUAUACAACUUCUUUCAACACAUUUCAACCGGAGAGUAUACUGCCUUUGAAUUAAUGAUAAAACAUUGGGUCCUUACGGACGAGAUCAACAUCAACAUCAUUAACGUGCUUUUUGAACGAUUCACACUGAAAUUGCCCGAUACUACAAGCAAUUUUGCAAGAUGUUGCAUGGAACUUUUAAUUUUGGUUUCAAAUGCCAAACCGGCGGUCGCCCACAGCAAUAAAAAGUUAAUCAUCGACAUCAUCAACACUCGACGAAUCCUUGACGAUCCGCGCAUAUUCGCCGGCUGCUUGCGAUUGCUUAUGAACGGUAUUCAACCAACAAUUGAAAAGAAUGACAAAACCAACAAAAUCGUUACAUACUACAAACGAUUCGAUGACAAAGAUGUGAUCGACAGCAUAAUCGUGUAUUUCAAGCGAUUUUUCUUCUAUCCAAAAUUUCCCGAUUUUGAAUUGAUCGCAUCACAAACGAUAAACUUUUUGUAUAAAAUGUGUUAUGCACCGGAUCUACUGUGUCAGGAAAUCAUUCACGAUCUAUGCAUAAAACUAAAGGAUAUAUCAGAGCGACGCGCCGGACGAGUAAUGGACAUUUCAGAAAAUGGCGUCGAAUCAUCACAAACGACCGAAACAUACAUUCCAAUUUAUUUGUUGCCACGAAUUAUAUUCGUAUUUGGUUAUAUUGCGGCAAAAGAAUUGGUUUAUCUCGAUAACGAUGUCUAUUUGAAUAUCAAAUAUCGCGAAGAGUUGAAGAAAGAAAAAAAAGAGCGAAAGAACACAUCGAAUAAGCGCAAAACGUUAAAUUUAAAUGCAUCGGCAAGUGAGUCUUUGAAACGUAUGUCAACCGCAAAUGCUGCAACAAAUGAGCCUCAAGAGCAAGACGAGGCAUAUAUGGGAGCAACAGCCGAAGACACACUCGCCGAGAUGAUCAACGCCAUUUGUGAAAAUGAACUAAUUGGUUCGGCCGAUGGUUUGUUGUAUCAUUUUCUACCAAUACUCACAGAAAUUUUGAGUCAUCCAGCCAAAUAUCCAAAUCCUCACAUCCAACGUUCUGCUGUGCUGACACUCAUGCGAUUCAUGGUGGUGUCGGCGAGUUUGUGCAGUGAUCGUAUUGCAUUUUUAAUGAAUAUUCUCAAGAGAUCAAAAGAUGCAUCGAUGAAAUGUAAUAUUAUGGUUGGUUUGGCCGAUUUAACGGGACGUUUUGCCAAUACGAUUGAACCAUGGAUUCCGAAUUUCUUUGCGACGUUACUGGAAACCGAUGAUACCGUUCGAUUGACCACACUCAAAAUGUUGUCGUACGUCAUUUUACAGGCAAUCGUUCGGGUGACGGGACAAAUUGCUGACAUUGCGACCUGUAUCGUUGAUGAAAAUCCAGAGAUUAGGAGCAGCGCAAAAGAAUUCUUCCGUCAACUGGUUGGCAGCAAAGAAUUGGAAUACUAUAAAAUCCUGCCCGAUAUUGUGUCACGCUUGAGUCCAAAUGUAGAUCCCAUUCCAGAGGAUAAAUUCCAUAUUAUUAUGAAACACUUGUUGGAGCUCAUUCAAAAGGACCGACAGGUUGAAUCUUUCGUUGAAAAACUGUGUGGAAGAUUCCGAAAUACGAAUACGGAACGGCAAUGGCGUGACGUUGCCUAUUGUUUGUCAAUGUUAAAUCACUCAGAAAAAACGAUGAAGAAACUUCUCGAUCAUUUCCAAAACUACAAAGAUAAAGUACAAUACGAUGAUAUCUACGACUGUUUCAAGACAAUCAUCACAAAUGCAAACAAACAACAGACCAAACCAGAAUUGAAAAAUCUGGCCAAAGAAUUAGAUAAUAAGCUUACCGCAUGCCUUCAAGUGGACGGAGAUAUCAGUAUAGGUAAAGAUCAAACAGAAAAUCCACAAGAUGCGGAUGUACCGUCGGCCAGUCAACCAGCGAAAAAAGAUGGCAAGAAAAAAACCGCCACCAAAGCGUCAAGACAAAAGAGUAAAAUGAAUCGAUUUGCACGGGCCGCCUUAAGUUCAGACGACGAUGAUGACAAUAAUGAUUUUGACACAGAGAAUUCACCACCGCCAAAAGCGGCAAAAGGCAAAGCAGCGAAAGGUAAAAAUGUUGCCGUUUUAAACUCAUCGAAAGCGUCGGCGCGCUCAACUCGGGGCGGACGAAGAGGCAAAGCGGCAAGUCAAAGUAGCGAAGACAGCGAAGAUGAAGAACCACAACCUCCAACGAAGGGACGACGUGGCCGAAGAUAGAGUACAUAUUGUCCGUUUUUUUUGUAUGUUCCACUCAAAUUAUUUAGAUAAGCAUGUUUCAUUGAUCAUUUUAUUUUUUUCACCAGACCUCUUACAAAGAUUGCAUGAAUGAAACCCAAUAAAUUUUGAACGUUUUUAAUGUAUUGAAAA